AUGCAACCUACUGAUAACUGUUAUCGUGCAAUUACUGAACAUGGUUAUGCCUCUCGUCAGCUGCCAAAAUCACAAAUCUAUGAAGUUUAUCAUCGAUCCUAUGCUAAUCAUAUAUUAAGCAGUGCCUAUGUAGAAAAAAAUGGAACUGAAUCACCUUUCACAGCAUUCUCAUUCACUCCAAAUAGCCCUGAAUUUUUAGAUAAUGUAUUACGAUUGCCAAAUUAUCCAACUAGUGAAUCUUACCCUGAUGCAACACAUCCUUCCGAUCAUUUAAUGAUUGCAGCAACAUUUCGAUUGGUCUGA